UCGAAUAUGACAACCAUUUCUUCGUGCAUAGAGGAUGGUUGAAGGGGUACGGUCUUAAAUAUAUAAAAAUUCAGACUCAUUUUCACUUUUUUCAUUCACUGUCUGUGCACCUGAGAAUGAUGAGAUCCUUUCUCAAUCACAUUUGGAGGCCUAGGUAGAUUCACUAAAAGACUGCCUUUGCAUAUUACCCAACAGCAGAAAGCCGCUGUUGAUCAUAUAGAGAUAAAAAAAAAAAUGUGGAAAAUUAAGUUUGGGGGGGGAGCAGAGGAUCCAUACUUGUUCAGCACAAACAAUUUCCUGGGGAGGCAGAUAUGGGAGUAUGAUCCAGAUGCAGGAAGCCCAGAAGAGAGAGAUGAGGUUGAAAAGGCUCGCCACCAUUUCUACCAAAACCGAUUCAACCUCAAGCCCUGUAGCGAUCUUCUCUGGCGCUUUCAGUUUCUGAGAGAGAAGAAAUUCAAGCAAAGCAUUCCUCAAGAGAAGGUUGGAGAUGAUGGGGAUAAGAAAAUUAGUUAUAAAACUGCUGAUGCAACAAUGAGAAGGGCUAUCAACUUCUGGUGUGCCUUGCAAAGUCCCCACGGCCCUGCUCAGAAUGCUGGUGUUAUGUUCUUCGUCCCUCCCUUUGUCAGUACACUUCUAACUCUCUCUCUCACUCUCUCUCUUUCGACCAAAUUUUCAGUUUUCUUCUAAGCACUGCUCCAUUGUC